UUGAACAGGACCUUGAAGAAAAGUUAUCCGUUGUGCUUCAUAGUAUCACACAGCUAGGCUGAAGUUCUAGUCUUCCGAGUAUGUCUGAAUGAUUUUAACUGAUUAGAUUUAAAGGAAGAGUCACUUAAAGGAUUUUUGCUGCUUGUUCCAUCUACUAACUAAAGCAUUUUGUCACAAAUGGAUUUCAUUGCAUCCUAUCCAUUUCAAUGUAAAAUGGAAGUUUACUUAAUCCAUUUGAGUUUGACUGUAUUAAUACUUUUGUUAUGUUAAUGUCGCAUUGAUGAAACUGGGCAGGGGAUUUCCAUUUCCCAGCAUGCUUUUCAUGUGACUCGAUGGGGAGAGUAAACGUUCAAAUUAAAGCCUAGGCUUCGUUCAGACGCGUGACGCAAAUCUGCACAAGCACUGAACGUGCGCAGCCCAAUUUUUCUAACCAUGCGUCUUUGAACGUGCAGAAUCCGCCUGAAGUUAUUUGCACUAUUUUUGGGUCCACAAGGUGGCAACAGUUACCUUUAUCGCUAGAAGAUGAAGUAAUCGCCGCUUAACAUCAGUGGAUCAAGGCUACUAAGCAGUUUUUGGAGGAGAUCAAUAAAUGGACAUCCCAGCAUGGCGUCUCACCAUUAUCCUGGGAUGUGGCAGUGAAGUUUCUGAUGGCCCGCAAGUUUGACGUCCUGCGAGCCAUCGAGCUUUUCCACAGCUACAGGGAGACUCGUUUGAGAGAGGGAAUAGUCAAACUUCAGCCACACGAGGAGCCGUUACGUUCUGAGCUGCUGAGUGGGAAGUUCACCGUGUUGGGUGUCCGUGACCCGUCUGGAGCAUCCAUCGCCCUGUACACUGCUAAACUGCACCAUCCCAGUAAAACGGGGAACCAUGUAGUUCUGCAGGCCCUGUUUUAUCUUCUGGACCGAGCUGUGGAGAGUUUUGAGACUCAGAGAAACGGACUGGUCUUCAUUUACGACAUGGCUGGAUCCAACUACACUAAUUUUGAACUGGACCUGAGCAAAAAGAUCCUCAACCUGCUCAAGGGUGCAUUCCCAGCACGGCUGAAGAAAGUGCUCAUCCUUGGAGCUCCUGUGUGGUUUAGGGUGCCAUAUAACUUACUGAGCCUGUUACUGAAGGAGAAGCUCAGAGAACGGGUUCAGAUGGUGAAGAUGGCCGACCUGCGGCAACACCUCCCCAGAGACUGUUUACCUGAACACCUGGGCGGCUGUCUGCCUCUGGACGUGCACAGCUGGAACCUGCAGCUGCUGUCUGAGCAGAACGGGCGAGUGGACCCAGUGGACGAGCUGGUGGGGGUUCCCCUGGAGAACACCUCAAUACACGUGCCUGGACCCGAGGGAAUGGGUCUGCCUGAGCUCACGGCACACCUGAACCGGGCCCAGCGCAGCGGAAUCUACCUUGAAUACGAGGAGCUUCGCCGAGAACAACCACCUGGAACAUUCACCUGUGCUUUGGCUCCUCACAAUCAGGAGCGGAAUCGCUAUGGCGACGUGCCGUGCCUCGAUCAAACUCGCGUGCGACUCAAAGCGAGAAGAAACGAGAGAUCAGACUACAUAAACGCCAGCUUCAUGGAUGGAUACAAACAGAAAAAUGCAUAUAUUGGGACACAGGGUCCGCUGGAGAAAACCUAUGGAGAUUUCUGGAGAAUUGUUUGGGAGCAAAGUGUCCUCCUCAUCGUCAUGACAACCAGGAUGGAAGAAGGUGGCAGAAGGAAGUGCGGACAGUACUGGCCCCAAGAGGAGGGCGGUCAGGAGGUGUACGGACACAUCGCUGUGGUCAAUCAUAGAGUGGACAACCAUGCGCAUUACAACCAAACCACACUAGAGCUACACAACACAGAGACAUUUGAACAGAGGCAGGUGACUCACUUCCAGUUCCUCAGCUGGCCUGAUUACGGGGUCCCUUCCUCCGCCGUGUCUCUCAUUGACUUCCUGUGGGCUGUGAAACAUCAGCAGCAGUGGGCAGUCCAGGCUUUCGGGUCGCAGUGGAGGGGUCACCCACUCGGGCCACCCAUGGUGGUUCAUUGCAGUGCUGGAAUCGGCAGGACCGGUACAUUUUGUGCAUUGGAUAUCUGUCUGUCCCAGCUGCAGGAUGUUGGGACUCUAAACGUUUAUCAGACAGUGCGACGGAUGAGAACACAGCGUGCCUUCAGCAUCCAAACACCCGAGCAGUACUAUUUCUGCCACACGGCAAUCCUUGAGCACACCCAGAGACAGGGCCUGCUCUCUGCCAAUCAGUGAGCAACAAGGGCCCCUCUUAGCCAAUCAGAGACAGACAGAGCCAAAUCUCAUCCAAUCAGUGAGAUACAGGUCCUGCUCUAGUCCAAUCAUGAAAGACAGGGCUUGUUUUCUUACCCAUGGGCAGACCAAUCACAAAGACUGCGUCUUUGUCAGUAGCCAAUCAGUUGCCUGAUUUACCGUGUCUGAUCUAAACCAGUUAUUUCAAAAUGAUCUUCUUUUAAAGAUUGGCAGCCUAUAUAGUAACCAUAAAAGACUCUGCUGUAAAGGGACACCUUUAAGUGUUCAGUGGUCUAGCUGUUAUGUAGCUUUCAUUUUUUGUGACUGCAGUUUAUUCAGUGCAUUUUGUCAACAUUUUCAAAAUUCAUGUAUUUCACAAGAAGCUUCAAAUUUGUUUCAACAAAAAAAAAAAAAGUUUAUUUUUCCUGAGAAAUAACUAAAAAUAACAAAAGAUUCACUAUAAAACUUUUAAAGGGAUAGUUCACCCCCAAAAAAUGUAUGGCACCAUUUACUCAUCCUCAUGUUGUUCCAAACCCAGAUUUCUUUCUUGCAUGGAAUGCAAAAUUCACUUGUAUGGACAGAAAAUGCAAUUAAAGUGAAUGGUAACUGAGGUGACUAUUUAGUCUUACAACUGCUUUUGUGUUCCAUGUAUGAAAAAGUCCUACAGGUUUGGAACAACAUGAGUUGUUACAAGUUCCAUUUUUUUACACUUUUUGUACUAGUUUUGUCUGUUAAUAUUGUACUAAUAAUCAGUUUAAAGUUAUAUCUAAAAGCAUGUAAAGUGCAUUUAGAUAAAUUUUUAUUUUGUCUUUACUCCACUGAGUUCAUAUUGAAUUUGGCUGUAGUGAAACAUCUGAAUACACUCCCAAUGAUUCCAGGAUCUGCAGUCUUGCCUUAGUGGGCACAAAAUGUGACCAGUUUUAUUUUUCUAUUAUAACCAAGUUUUAUGUCCUUAAUUAUUACUCUGCUUCCAAAUAUAUACAGUUCAUAAAUUAUAUUUUCUUUUAUAUCCGAUUUAAUCUUUAUAUUUCUUUCUUGUUCAUUAUGUCAGUUAAACUAACCUAUAAUGUCAAUAUCAAUAUGUUUGCAACAGUUCUAUAAGUGAUCAAGUGCUUUUGAGUACUAAGUAGCUAAAGAGCCUUAUUCUGGACAUGUUCGUAUGGAUUGUGAGAGAUGUUUAUGUUGAUGCUGCCUUAGCGGGACACCGCUCUCUCUCAGAAUGACCUGUGCUCAAACUGCAAUGUUAUUUGAGCAAAACCAAAUCAAAAUCAUGUGUUUUAAAGUUUAAUAAAUGGAA